AGGGUGAUUGAAUAAUGGAUGGUACUGUUGUCGGUGUAAUGCUGUUUGUCGGUGUAAUGGGGAAAGUGUACAGAGGCGCUGAAAAUGCUUGGGAUUUCUUCUCUUGUCAAUAUCUCCACCAUUUAGCUCCAUUAAAAGCUCAAUAGCUCAUCACUUGAUCAGGCCUGAAAAAACUCAUCUUAAACACUCAGCUUGUCAACCAUCAAUUCACGUCUUCAUCAAAAUAUUUGGAAGGAUUCUUGUUGGGGUUUUGCAGUACAGUUUGACAAUAUCAUCAAGGGAUUGUUGAUAAAAUUUGAGAUUAGAAGUUUCAAGUUGGGAGAAAAAAAAAAAAAAAAGCGCCAACCCAAGUUCUGUUGUUCUGUGAUUAUUAGAGCCUCAAGUUUCUUUGACUGAGUUGCAACUCCAAGAUUAAGUGAUUAAACUUUGAGUCCAAGUACUUACCUUUAAUUCUCCCAUUUCUGUUGUGGAGUUCCGAAAGUGGCAGGCCAUGGAAACACUGAGAAUUUCCUGUAUUCCAACAUUACAAAUUCCAGCUGACUUUGGUAAAACCCAAUCCAAAAAAUUCACUUUCUUGGGGUAUAAGCAAACACUCACUUCAUCAUUCUCGUUAGUUGAAAGACACAAACCCUCAUUUAAGACAUUCACCACUAAAUCAUCUUCUAUUACAACUGAGACUGAAAACCCACCUGCACCACAAGUUGAAACUCAGACCCAAGAUGAAAAAUUUGACUGGUAUGCCCAUUGGUACCCGUUGAUGCCAGUUUGUGACCUUGACAGAAGGGUACCACAUGCAAAGAAAGUUCUGGGUAUUGAUGUGGUGGUGUGGUGGGACAGAAAUGAGAGUACAUGGAAGGUGUUUGACGAUGCAUGUCCUCACAGACUGGCUCCAUUAUCUGAAGGAAGGAUUGAUCAGUGGGGAAGGUUGCAGUGUGUUUAUCAUGGCUGGUGCUUUAAUGGCUCCGGUGACUGCAAGUUCAUCCCUCAGGCACCUACGGAUGGGCCUCCGAUUCACACAUCCAAAAAAGCAUGUGUAAGUGCUUAUCCAAGUACUGUGCAGAAUGGAAUGGUGUGGUUCUGGCCAAGUUCCGAUCCCCAAUACAAAGAUAUUCUUACAGAGAAAAAACCUCCCUACAUACCAGAAAUGGAUGAUCCAUCAUAUACUUGCUUGAUGGCAAAUAGAGAGAUCCCUUACGGAUAUGAGGUCUUGAUUGAAAAUUUUAUGGAUCCUGCUCAUGUUCCAUACGCACAUUAUGGAAUAAUGCAAACUCAACAACCGGAAGAGAAGGCUGAUAGAGAAGGGGGCAGACCAAUGGACUUGUAUGUUCCUAAGAUAGACAUAAAUGGUUUUACCAUAGAAGAGCGGAAUUCGGGUCAGAGUAAAUUUAUGUCACCAUGUCUGUUUUAUACAUCUCUCUUUGGUCCAAUUGACAAUAGUAAUGGGGCUGCGUCCUCGGGAAAACCGUACGGUUUUCUGAAACCACCUGGAACUGAAAAGGUCUCAUCAGCCCAAAGGGGCCAAAAGAGAGCUCUUUUAGUUUUCUUCUGCGUUCCAGUUAGUCCAGGUAAUAGCAGAAUGAUAUCGACCUUCCCAAUAAACUUUGGCAUUUCGGUUAAGAUUCUUCCGCGAUGGAUAUAUCACAUUCGACACAACCUGGUUUUGGACUCGGAUUUAUAUCUGCUUCAUCUUGAGGAACGUAGGAUAAUGGAUGCUGGUAUUACCCAGUGGCAGAAAGCCUGCUAUUUGCCAACAAAGUCAGAUGCCGCUGUCGUUGGUUUCCGAAAGUGGUUAAACAAGUAUGCGGGUGGUCAAGUAGAUUGGAGAGGCAAGUUCACUGGGGUGCUUCCCCCCACUCCUCCCAAAGAACAGUUGUUGGACAGGUACCAGUCUCAUGUGGUGAACUGCCGCAGUUGCAAUGCUGCCCACAAAGCUCUGAGCGUGCUUAAAGUCGUAUUGCAGGUCGUCUCAUUUUCUUUACUUGGGAUUGUCUCUGCAAUCAAGGAAGGAGUGCUGUCAUCAGUGGUUGCAAAAACUGCGCUACUUGCAACAGCUCUACUCUGCUUUGCAGGUUCAAAAUGGUUGGCUCAUUUUAUCUACAAAAUCUUUCACUUUCACGACUACAACCAUGCCCUUGUGUAAGAUUUACUGCUUAGCGACGUAAUGUAAUUACUGAACGCAUGGAACCAAAACUUGUUGAAAAUAAGAUGUGUAAUAGUAAGGGAAUUAUUGUGUGAAUUUGAUA